AUGGAGAUUUUUGUCCCAGGGAAAGGAUCCCGAAAUGGAGCUACCAAGAUUCUUGUUGUGAUAACAGAUGGGCAGAAGAAUGAGCGGCUCUCCUAUAGUCAUGUGGUGGAGGAGGCUGCACAAGCAGGGAUAAUCCGUUAUGCCAUUGGGGUUGGCAAUGCUUUCUCAACCAGCGCAGCCAGGAAAGAACUGGAUGAAAUCGCCUCUGAGCCUGAUCAUGAGCAUGUCUUCACUGUGCACAAUUUCGACGCCCUGAAAGGCAUCCAGGAUCAACUAAAGGAUAAAAUCUUUGCCAUAGAAGGUACCCAAUCCCAGAGCACCAGUUCCUUCCAGAUGGAAAUGUCCCAGGAAGGAUUCAGUGCCUCGUUGACUCCGGAUGGCUCAGUCUUGGGAGCAGUCGGUGCAAAUGACUGGUCCGGAGGGGUCUUUCUGUAUCACAACAGCGAAAGAGACACAAGCUUUAUUAAAGCCUCCAGCACCACUGAGGAUAUGAAGAAUGCUUAUCUUGGCUAUUCUUCUCAGCCUGUCCAGCUCAAUGGGAGAAGCGGCUUUGUAGUUGGAGCCCCCCGCUACAACUACAUUGGCAAAGUUGUCCUCUUGCAGAGGCGUGCCGGGAGCAGGGAGUGGCAGCUGAUGACAGAGGCUGUUGGAGAACAGGUUGGUUCCUAUUUUGGAGCGACGCUCUGCUCUGUGGACCUGAAUCAAGACACCAACACAGACUUGGUACUGGUUGGAGCCCCCAUGUACUAUGAUGCUAUUACGGGAGGAAGGGUUUACAUCUGUCGUUUUAAGGAGGGAGAACUUCACUGCAGCGCAUCUUUGAAAGGAAAGGCAGGGCAUGUUUUUGGUCGCUUUGGUGCCAGCAUGGCGGAAACGGGUGACAUCACUGGGGAUGGAUGGACGGAUGUAGCGAUUGGGGCCCCCAUGGAGGAUGAGAAUGUAGGAGCGUUGUAUAUAUUUGGGGGGAAACAGACAUCUAUCAACCCUGAGUACCUCCAGCGCAUUGAAGGAUUGAAGUUUUCCGGGGGGUUCCUGUAUUUUGGCCAAGCUGUCAGUGGAGGAACAGACCUUACAGGGGAUGGCCUAAAAGACAUAGCUGUUGGACAACAAGGACAGGUCCUGCUCAUGAGGUCCCGUCCUGUUCUUCGAGUGGAGGUCACCAUCAAGUUCCUCCCGCCAUUGAUCCCCACUUUGGAUUUCCAAUGUCAGGAGCAGGAGCCUCUCAGGAAGGCAGCCAGCAUGGCUAAUGUGUGUUUCACUGUUGCCAAAGCCACUCAGGAUAAACUAGGUGAAAUCUUUACUGACCUUCACUACAGUUUGGCCCUGGACUAUGAGAGAACGAAAUUCCGAGCCACCUUCCCCUCGGAAUCCCCCAUCCUGACUACAACCAUCCAGAUGCGCCUUGAGCGUAAAUGCCAGGAUCAUCGGAUUGAGCUGCCUAUCUGCAUAGAGGAUACCCUGACGCCUGUCACCUUGCGACUCAGUUUCAGCCUCGUGGGGAAGCCCAUCGCAAAAGGUUACAAUCUCCAGCCCAUCCUGAGCAAAGAUUCUGAAAAGAAUUACACAGCACAGCUCCCCUUUCAGCAGAACUGUGGCAACGACGGGAAAUGUGAAGAUGCUUUGCGAACUUCAUUUACUUUUUCAGGGCUGGGCACCCUCAUAGUAGGCCUGACUGGUGAACUCAACAUCACAGCUUCCAUCCAGAACCAUGGAGAGGACUCCUACAGCACCACUUUGAGCUUCUUCUACCCUGCAGGGUUAUCUUACCGCAAGGUUACCUUACCACAGCCCAGCAGGAAGGUUGUGAGCAUUAAGUGCCAUUCGGCUGUUGCCUCUGAAGAGGAUGCUGGCAGGAAUGCCACCUGCAAUGUCAACCACCCAAUUUUCUACAGUGGGGCAGAGGUUAUCUUCGUUGCCACAUUUGACGUCGACCGGGACAGCGAUCUAGGGGACACUUUGCAGAUCAUGGCCAGAGCCAACAGUAACAAUGGUGGCAUCGUCACCAAGGAUAUGGUUCACCAAGCGGAGUUGCCUGUCAAAUAUGCUGUGUACAUCAUUGCUACUGGCACUGAAGAGUCAACCAAGUAUGUCAACUUCACAGGAGGCCAGGAGGAAGCAAGCAAGAGUGUGGAACAUCGCUAUGAGGUGAAGAACCUCCUUCAACGAAGCGUCCCCAUCUCUGUGAAGUUUCAGCUCCCUGUAAAACUGAAAGGGAUGCAGGUGUGGGACGUCUCUCAGGUUGUCCCCUCCCAGCCUCAGGUGGCUAAGUGUGUCUUGGAGACAGAAAGGGCAGGCACCAAGGAAUUUCCAGCAGCAGAGGAACUCCCCCUGCUGGACUGCUCUGUAGCCUCCUGCAAGUUAAUCCAUUGUGACAUUUUGUCAUUGAAGAUACGGGAGCCGCUGGAGUUCAGGAUCAAGGGGAACGUCAGCUUCCAGUGGGCAUCUCAGAUCCAACAGAAGAAAGUUGCCUUGGUGAGCUCUGCACAGAUUUCCUAUGAUGAGAAGAAAUAUACACAGACAGAGGGCUUUGCACAGACCCAGGUGCAGACUGUGGUGGAGCAUCUAGAGAGCUACAACUUCCUGCCUGUGAUAAUCGGCAGCACUGUUGGAGGACUUGUUCUUCUUGCUCUCAUUGCUGCAGCCCUUUACAAGGUUGGGUUCUUCAAGCGCCAAUAUAAACAGAUGCUGAACAAUGCUGGGCCUGGUGAUGAAGCUGAAGAUCCCGCCUCACAACCCACCCCACAAGACACAGACUCCUCUCCUCCCAGCAAAGACACUGUCUACUAAUAUGUCUCUUGGUCCUCCGAGACUCUUUGGUAGGCUGGGGAAGGUACCUUUCACAAGCCUGUUUUGAGGACAUAAGAAGAGUCCUCCUGGAUCAGACGAAAGGUCCGUCUAGUCCAGAAUCCAGUUUCCUAUAGUGGCCCACCAGAUGCUUCGGGGUAGGCAGACCUUAAGGGCAACAGACAUCCUCCACUGAUGCUUCCUAGUGACUGGUAUUCAGAUGAACUUGGAGGAUCCAUCAUAUCUCUGUAGGGAUGGGAUCCAUUGGCUAGUGCCAGUUCGACAGCAUUCUGUCGACCUAACAGGCUGGCGUUGAUUCAGGUUUGUUCUUUAUCUGCUAGCCGCUGCCUUUAUGAUUUUUUUUUCACUCAGAAAAAUAUCAAUAUUUUAAAGGAAACUUUGAUAUUUUAAAGGAAUUUCUUUUAAAAUAUUGAUAUUUUGAAGGAAAUAUCAAUACUUUAAAGGAAAUAUUGAUAAUUUAUCAUUCUUAAAAUUGAUAUUUUAGAG